AAAUAAUUAUUAUCAUGUAUACUUCUAGCUUUAGAUCUUAAAAAUAAUUUAAAAUAUGAAACUAAUGCUUUAACAUGAGCCUUUUGGCUCACAAAUCAAUGCAAUUAAGCAUGGAAGGUGAUAUUGCCUUGUUGGAAUAUCAACAGUGGCGAAUGUCUUUUCGAGCUGGUCAUAAUAAUCAUAUUAUUGCUGAAAAUGGAAAUUGUGAAGGUUACCUGGACUUUGAAGAAGUGUCUGGGAUGUUUCGAAAACGUUUUUUUAUUUUAAACAUCACCAAAAUGAAGUUUGAAUAUUACAGAGAAAACCCAAAGAACAACAAAUGUGCAGAGCUUGGAAAUGUGGACAUGAAAUACAUCACAAAAGUCUCCAAGGUCUCACAUAAAGCAAAAAAGUGUUUCAGUUUUGAAGUCAACACUCCAAGUAAGAAGUACGUUUUAGCUGCAUCUAGUGAAUCCGAAAUGAAAAAUUGGAUAGAUGCAUUAUCAAAAGCUGCUAUACCUCCACGGAAUAAGAUGCAGAAGAAGUCUAGCUCUGUGGAAAAUCUGCCACAAGCAACGUCUAUUAUAGGUGGCGUUGUUGUUAAAACACCUGUUAUGAAGGGACCAGAAGCAUCAGCAGACUCUUUAAAAAAAAUCCCACAAAGGACAAAUUCACAAUCAUCGUCGGGUAUGAAAAACUUAUAUGAAGGUUGGUGUUGGAAACAAGGAGCUGUGAUGAAGAAUUGGAAAAGAAGAUAUUUCCGUUUGAAUGCUGUAAAAUUAUCCUAUUACGAGACAGAUUUGGAGUUGAAACCAAUCAGGUCAAUAACAACGAACGCUAUUAAAGCUGUCCGAAUUCUCCCAAGAUUCUGUAGCAGACUUAAUUGUUUAGAAGUUGAAACACCGAACAGAAAGUUUUACAUGCAUCCUGAGCAAGAACGGGAUGUUCAACCGUGGAAGCAAGCCUUAGAAGAUAUGAUAAUGUCAAGCUGCAUGUACAUACCUAGGACAAAGUCGGUUUAAUACCUUGUUCGUACUAAUUUUCGCACGUAUUAAUUUUCGUGCAUUUGCGCAAAAAGUUCUUUAGUGAGCAAAAUUUAGUACGGAAAUCAUGCGCAAAAUUUAAUAUGCGUGAAAAUUAGUACGAAUACGGUAAUUGACAUUGAUGUAUAUACACCAUCGCAGGGUAAGAUACCUAAAAAGCUUUUUUGUAACAAUUUAAGUACGAUUAUGAAUAUAUAGCUAUAUGAAUGGUAGUUGAUUUUUGUAGCUAUAAAUGCUUGAAGUCAUGGAUGGAGACAUCGUUAUUUCUUAAAGCUUCAUUAAACUCAAUUUUUAACGUCAUCAGAAGCUUGAAAUUACUUCAAAAUCCGAUUAAUUAAGUCCAGAUCGAAUUUGAACAUUCAUUACCCAACAUAUCCGAUUUUGAAAAAUCUCAAAUAGGAUUAAACACGUGUAAAGUUAUUAAUCUUAUCAAUUAAAAUUAAGUAAGUAUUAAACCUUUGCAACGCAGACAAACAUAGUUAUUAGAAAGAACUCGCAGGGGAGCUUAAAGCGACAACUUCAAUCCGCUCCCCCUAUUUGGAUGGAAUAGAGUUAAUGGUUUCUUAAUCUUUUUUUUUAAUUUUUUUAUAUUUCCAUAUUGUUAUUUAUUUUGUAGAAAAAUUUUAUCACUCUGUAGAUUGUUUUUUUUCUCUCUUUUCCAUUUGGUUUUGUUAAAUAUAUAUAUUUUUAUUUCAAUUAUUCAUAACGUUUACCUUUUUUAUAUAAAGGCGUUUUAUAUAGUUUCUAACAUUUUCAUAUGAAGACGUUCAAGUAAAUAAUGUACAGAUCACCUUGUGUUUUUUUAUUAUUUUUUUAUAGUCGUAGUUUAUUUUUCUAUCACGCUCGUAAUAAAAUAUAUUAGUGUUAUUAUUUAUACACAA